AUGACUCUUCGUCGGUGUGACAGCUUGCCCACGAGACUACGGGAGGCGCCUGUCCCAAGCCCUGACACUUGUCGACCCUUCGCUAAUAAAAUAUCGGACUCGAACACCGUCCCAAAUUUCAGAGGCCCGCUUGUGCGGGAUGAAGUUAUAGCCACUUGGAAAUCCCUGCACACCGACAUUAGAAAAAUAAAAAAUGGUCAUCCAAAAAUUGAUACACCACCCGAUAAAAUUAUCGAGUCAUAUCACAAAUUUCCAUACAAGAAUAGGCUCCGUCGUAAAAAGAUUACUUAUGGCAAUCACAUUUCCAUUGCGUGUCAAGACGCCGAUCGCAGUUCAUCAUUCCCCUUGGACAUGGGCCAGGGAUGUCCAAACCGACGGCCUAGUACCGUACGAAGACGAACUCUACUGGAACGCAUUCUCUCCUGGCGGACCCCCGAAUGCGAUUGCCAGGGACAGUGCGCACCGAAAACACGUCAAUCAUACCCUCGCUCAGACAUUCAGUGCACGUGUAGUAUCAGGAAUCGGAUCAAGGACAAACAGAGUUUCGCAGAACGCGGCCGCUCGAAAAGUGUCGGUUACGAAGUUACGCGUGAAGUUACCCAAUUUCGUCGGUGCGCUAGUGCGGGUGCAACGGUGGGCGCUGAGACGGCGGCGGCCUUGAGGGCCAGAGCUGCUCUCACUCUCGCGAGACGGUACUACCCUGAAGGAGGCUGGGGUUGGACCGUUACGGUCGUUGGUACAAUAGUGCAAAUACUCGCACAUGGUCUCCAACUUGGAGGCGGCACUGGGGCCAUUGCCUGUACCGCUGCUGUAAAGUACCGUGUUGCACCAAUUUACACUUAUGGUGAGUGA